GUCCUAAAAAUGUCUGGACAUGAGGCGUACUUAGAGGUUUUAAAUAGUCAGACACCUUUAACUCUGAGCUACGGGAAUUUAGGAAAUCAAAGACGACGUAAUUCGCGGACAGCUACUUCUCCUUCGGGAAUAAACAACGUGCUAGCUGACGCCAGAACGAAGCUCUUCAGCUCAUGGAGGGACGGAAGUACCCAGGGUUUUCUGUUUUACACUAAGCCCACACAGAAAAGGCAACCAAACAAUUUUUGGUUUAUUGGGCCAGAUGCAGAAAACUUCAGGGACAGCACUGGUUGGGAUGAUGGAAAUGGUGGAGGCUUAAGGAGUAUCAUCGAGAAACUAUUCUGUGGCUGGAAAGCAAGAUCCCCCGAUGCACUUCAUGUGCCAAAAACAAAAGUAGUUCCUAAUCAAGAACCUACAUUGGACAUCACAGGAGAAACAGUUGAUGUUCUCGACCACAUUUCAAUCACCAAUGCAGCAAGCAUUGCUGUUGAACGAGCAGAAUCCUUAGCUGCCAAAAACUUAUUGUCAAAGCAAAAACAGCCAGGAUGGAGCACUAUGUCUGCAACUGAAAGGGUUGCUGCAGUAAGUAAAAGGUAUCUUAAGAAGAAAACCCGUCUUGCUCAAAUGGAUACUUCCAUUAGGGACUAAUGGAAGUAGACCCCAGACCCGGGUCUUUCACAUUUCCAAGAUUUGCCCUCAACAUCUGGAAGUUUUAGUGUCUAUCCCUCCCCC